AUGUCUGCAACAGCAGAAGAGGAACUUCAAGUUUUGCACGACAACCUCCGUCAGAUUCGUCUCGUCAACUACAUAUUAUCUUGUGCGGCGUUCCUCGUCUAUGACAUCCUAACCAAUCUCGGUAGAGAGGUUCCCCUUGUCUGGAGAUAUUACUGCGACACUACGAGUAUAUCUCUUGGCGCAGCAGAGUUCGUCGCGUCCUACUUCAAACACAUUUUCUUUUUGGCCGUUACUAUGCUCUUUUUUACCUUACUGAACAACCACCGGGGUCUUUCUGUACCUUUGUAUGCAUUCACACGAACCAAUUUUGAAGUUACUAACCAUUUCACGCGCGGAGGGAGAAUAUUGUAUACGACCCUCGUCAACGUCAUCCGGGUGAUCCGUCUCAAUGCCAUGUAUCAAGCUAUGUUCUAUGGCACGAACGGAUUACGAGAACACCAACUCGUUCUCGCAUCUGGUCAUCAAAUUCUUCACAA